CGGCGAAGAAACCAUAAAAGCAUCGAAGAAGAAGUGGCAUUCAACGCGUUGAACGUAACGGGCUGUCUUGACGCAGUUAGCGGCGGCCUUCCUGAACCUGACGAUACUCCGUCAUGUAAUACGUCACUAUCACGGACUUUGGAUGCUGCUCUUCCAAAUCUUCCACUCUACAAGGUCGCUAUUCGUGAGUUCGGGGAGAUAGCCUCUAAGUCGCCACGUAAUUAUUUUUUUAGUCUGACCGGAAGAUCAUGAGCCCAGUAGAAUAACGCCACAUAAAAUAACCGGUUGUCAUUAUGGUGAUGGACGCCAUCAAGACAUUUGUGGAGACUUGUCGUUAUCUCCAGGACCCCCGUCUCGUGGCCAAGUUCCAGCACUUGUGUGGCGUCCGGGGGACAUUUCCGGAAAAACCGACCGACGAGCAGGGAAGCGCCGCGUUUGAGCCGGGCUGCCCCGGGCUGAGGCAGAGGAUCCCCGAGGAAGACGUCAGCAACGGCGCGGCCGUGCAUGCCAAUGGGGUGAGAGGUGACCCCAGGCCCGAUGAGACCACCCGAGCUAAACCCCUCCGCAGGAACUCGCUCACCGGAGACGUGGGUCAGGAGUUCCUGGUCCACAACAAGUUCUUCUUCUAUCUGUUCACGUUCGGCACCGAGCUGGGCAACGAGAUGUUCUUCAUCAUCUUCUUCCCCUUCCUCUUCUGGAACAUCGACGCCCUGGUCAGCCGCAGGCUCAUUGUGGUGUGGGCCUGGAAUCUGUUCGUGGGACAGUCCACCAAAGACAUGGUCCGUUGGUCCCGGCCGGCCUCCCCGCCUGUGGUGAAGGUGGAGGUCUUCUACAACUCUGAGUACAGCAUGCCGUCCACACACGCCAUGACUGGGACUGCCAUACCCUUCUGUCUCUUCAUGCUCACAUAUGGACGCUGGCAGUACCCUUUCCUCUUUGGCUUGUGUGUGGCCCUCUGCUGGAGCAUCCUGGUGUGUGUCAGCAGAGUCUACAUGGGGAUGCAUUCCGUUCUGGAGGUGAUCACUGGCUUCCUAUACAGCCUCCUCAUUCUGGCCUUCUUCCACCAAGUUUUGGACAAGAUCGACAACUUCUACAUGACCGACCCGUACGCUCCACUGGUUAUCUUGCUGUCCCAUGUUAGCCUCGGACUCGUGGCCUUCUCCCUGGACUCCUGGAGCACCUCUCGUGGGGACACGGCCCAGGCACUGGGCACCGGGGCCGGCGCAGCUCUGGCCACCCACGCCAAUUAUCAGCUGGGGCUGCUGGCAGACCAUCCGCUGUCAUUGCUGCCGCUCGCCUUGCCCCCGCUCGGCGUGGGCUUGGUGGCCUGCUCCUUGCUACGCUUCGCCAUCGGGGUGGCCGUUAUCCUGGUCACCAGGAUGGUCAUGAAAGCGGUGACCAUCCCCUUCCUGUGUCGACUGUGCAGGCUGCCCUCAGAGGACGUGAGACUGGCGAGGCAGCACAUGGAGGUGGAGCUGCCGUACCGUUACAUCGUCUACAGUGUUGUUGGGUUUACCUGCGUGUGUGUGGUGCCUCUCCUCUUCAGGGUCGUCAACCUGGCGUGAGCGUCACAUGUAAACAGUCAUGCACUGCUGAAAUACAGGGUGUUGUUUCUGCACCACACAAGCUUAUUUUAAGGCUAACUCUGUUGGUACAGUAUAUUUUUCCCCAUGAAAAGACCAAAAUUCAGUGAUCCAAAUGGAAGAGUUCGCAUGAAUAGCUUUGGCUAGACAGUCUUUCCCUCUGUGAGUGCAUCAUAUUGUUUCUCUUGUUGCUCAAAUUUCUCGUAGCAAUGCUGCUGUGAAGACAACAGUUAGACAACAGCUAAUCAGCUGAUUGAAACGGUCCUAAAGAAUGCACCAUUCACGUCCUCUUAGUUUCUUUUUGAAAGGCGCAAGCACAUGAGAACACACUGGAGAAGGAAGGAAUCCAGAAAUGUCUGUUUCCGAUCCUUCAUGGAGUAUUAAGAUAGUGUUUAGCACUUGGAAUCAAUCAAAUGUUUGGUUUAUUUACAUUUUUAUAUUAAUUUGUAAGGGAUCUUUUGUAUUUUUAACACCAUCCUCGUGCUCUGAAGAAUAAGCCAAACAAUGAAUCAUGUCAGUGUUAUAUUCGUUAUUGUUUGAUGCUAAGCUAUUAAUCAGUUUUGUGUACAAAAGUAUAUUUGAAGUAUUGUGGAAUUGUCAAGGACCCCCCCUUUGCUGUUUAAAUCUAUACCUUGAGGCAUUACCACUAUGUGUCUGCAUUACACCGCGUUAUGUCUCUGCUUCCGUUCAUUUGUACACCUUUAUCUUGUUUUGAUUGUGAAGUCAACUGCUUUCUGGGUCUGGCGUCUGACAUGAUGAAAUUAGAACAUAAUAUACAGUAUUUUUGAUGGGCUAUACCAUCUUAAGAUGUAUAAAAAAAGUUUAUUAUAACGGGAUAUUUUGGAGUCCUUGCACUAAAGUGUAUUAAAAUCUUA